UUUCUUCUUCUCUUCCUUUUAAACAGUAGUUUCUAUUAACGACUCAUCGCUUCACCGGUAAAAAUCGAAAUGGCUCAGGAGUUCGUGAAGGCUCAUGUCAAAGGCGACAAAGUGGUGCUGUUCAUGAAGCCCACAUGUUCGUACUGUAUCACGGCCAGAGAUGUGAUGUCCAAGUACAAGUUCAAGCCGGGACACCUGGAGCUGAUCGAUAUCACUGAGCGGAGCGACAUGGGUAGUCUGCAGGACUACUUCCUGGAGCUAACCGGAGCCCGCACGGUCCCUCGUGUGUUCAUCGGUGAGGAGUGUAUUGGAGGUGGAAGUGAUGUAGCGGCCCUGCAUAAGAGCGGUAAACUGGAGGGCAUGCUGCAGUCUAUUGGAGCCCUGCAGUGAUCCGCUUCAGAUCUCCAGAAUUUCGGCAUCCAGAUGUGGUCACAUGACUGUACAGCGGGACUUUCGUAGUUUGCGCCGUCGCUGCUGGUACUCGCUAAGCUCCUGCAGGUACCCUCUGGAUGGCCAGCGUAGCCUCUCCACCUGCUCACGCUCCUCAUCUGGAACACAUAAACACAAUCAUAUACAACUGUAAUCCACUACAAUCGCAACUAUCAGAGAUUUUGCUAAAAAAAAAAACAAAACAAAAAAAAACGUUACAGCAAAAUUUACCGUGCUUGGCAAACCCACUCAGAUAUACAUACUGUAUCAACUCCUCGGUUUGCUGCCAUGAACACUGGCAGCAAGGCUGAAAUAUCUGACAUAAUUUCAUUUCUACCAACAAGCAACUGAAGACCAAUGGUAAUCAGUUGUGUGCUUUCUCCUCUUUCUGGCCUUUGACUUUGCUUGUGCCCUUCAUUAUCCGUCCAGUGACCUUAAAUGAGUUGUGUGUGUGAAUAAUACUGACAAUAAAAUGUGCUACUGCUAUGCAA